AUGUCACGAAAAAUAGGUGAUGAAUUAAACGAGCCAACACGGCAAUUCAUCGGCGUACCAAGCACUCAAACAACACGUACUCUUCUUUUACUUGGUCCAUCCCGCGCAGGCAAAUCCACGAUAUGUCAGGUUCUUCGCGACAGUCGGUAUCAGCCGCCCGAACCAAAACUUUAUUCUGCUACGAGGGAACCUGAACAUCAUUCUGUUGGUAAUCUGCGAAUAAUUGAUAUGCCUGGCUUUUGUGAUAAUCAACCUCAAUCGAAGUUCCCUCAAUUAACGAAGAAAAUGAUAUUAGUGAUAACACAUGCUGAAGAAAUCAAUGAAGGUCAAAGACAUCAAUUAGUUGACGACCUUUUCGUCAUCCAAAAAUUGUCCAAUACUGCUUGA